GUUAUUAUGAUUGGAAAAUUUAAUUGCUGUAUCGAAGAUUAAGUUUUACCUAAAAAUUGUCUCAUGUAGUCGUCUAAAGAUUGAGUAAAAUUUAAGUACAUUAUUUUGGACUAUUUCUGUUGUAGAAAAUGCCAUUUGGUGUAAAACCUCAGUGCACUACAUGCAGAACAACUGUUUCUACAAUGUGGAGAAAAAAUGACAGAGGAGAUGUUUUGUGUAAUUCUUGUGGAGUAAGAGCGUUCAGUCAGGAAAGCAGUGAUGGAGACAAAAAGGGGAAUGGAAACAAUGGCACAUGCCCCUUCACUUUGAGGAAAAGUACAAGAGCAAAAAGCUCAAAAUUUAAACAACAAGCUCCAUUGAAAUCCACAAACCCAAAAGGAAAAGGAAGACGAAUUAUUUUUAAACGAAGUACCACCAAAGCUCCAACUUCUGUUGCUUCACCUGUAACAUCGGACUGUGUGUACUAUAAGGGGUUUUAUUAUCAGGUGGGAGAUAUUGUCUCGGUGGUUGACGUGGAAGGUGAUGUGUACUAUGCUCAGAUUCGGGGACUGCUACAGGACCAAUAUUGUGAGAAGAGUGCUGUGCUAUCCUGGCUCAUUCCAACACAGUCCAGUCCAAAAGACUACUUUGAUCCUGCAACAUAUAUUAUUGGACCAGAAGAAGAUAUUCCAAGGAAAUUAGACUGUUUGGAGUUUGUGUGUAAUGCUCCAGCAGAAUAUUUCAAAGCACAUCACAGUCCUUAUCCCACUCAACCAUCUAGACCUGAAAUGUGUUUCAUCUGGACAAGGAUAGGGCCACAAAUUAAGCCACUUCCUUCUCAAGAGGAGGUGUUUGGAAUAUCCUGAAAAUGUGGUCUUACAGUUAGUAUUUUGAAGCACUGUGUAAAUAUAUGUAUAGUUAAACUGUUUUCCAUACAAUGAACCACCACCUUUCAACUAGAUAACUACCAUUUCUUCAGAUUAAAGCACGUGUACUUGGUCAGUUUUGCAAUCUUCAAUUCUAAAAGUAGGAAGAAAAAUUGGAACUUCAGAUGUGAUAGUGAUGACUGUGAAAACCAAAUUUUAAUAUAUAUAUACAUAUAUAUAUGGUGUCUCAAACGUUGGUCACCAUAGGCUGAAUGUCUGUACAUGCAUACAGAUCACCUACACACGUUUUCCAGUGCUAAGUGUCAUUAUCUAAAACACAUGUAAAAUAAACAUUAAAUUCAUCAGUUUUAUAAUGACAACUGACUUGGGACACCCUGUAUGCAGUGGUGGGAUUCAGCCAGUUCGCAAUUGUUCGUGCAAAUAGGUUCCUAAAAUUUCCAGAGGUCGCCAAACCGGUCCUUAAUCCUUUCAGUCUGUGCACGAUUUUUCUUUAUAAGGAAUAUUUAUUUUAUAAAAACAUUCAAUAAAAAUUGUUCGUAUAUUUGCAAGUGUCAACAUAAACAAAAACAAUGUUUUUCUUAACGUAAUGCCUUGGUAGGUCGUGGCUUGUCAUUGUCAUAUGCUGGUGCAUGCGCACAGAGCUUGGGUGGGCACAUUAUUCCGCCAUGGGAGAACAUUGGCGGUUGGCUUUAGUCUUCAGUGCAUGCCUAGACACAGUAGUGGUAGUGUGUUUCUCAUGUGUUUAGACAUUUUAUCGGUGUUAUUUGUUUCGUAUAAAUAAUAAGUUACUUAUUAUAAUACUAUAUAAUCCUUUUUUAUCAUGAGUAGGUAAUUAGAUUCGAUAAUUUUUAUACCUAUUAAUUUGAUUUCCAUAGCGGUUAUUAAACUUCAAAAUUUAUUGACAUAUUAAAUUUUAGCCCCAAAAAUUAACCGACAACAGGUUUUAUCUGAUUUUUUUUGGAAUAAACCAAGAUCUGAAAAAUUAAGUCUUAAAUCACAAAUAUUUAAAGGAAAGUACAUAAAUAAAGAAUUUCAAUAAGGGGGGUAAGGAGUGGGCGAACGGGUUAUUAAAAAUUUUGAAUCCCACCACUGCCUGUAUGUGAUGAAAAAUGUAGUUAUACUCAAAGCUGUAGAUAAUGCUUAUCCUACAAAUAUAUUAGUUUUCCCAUAAGUCAACAAAACAUUAAUAAAAUGUUCAAGUCAAAAUUGUUCUCAGACUUCCAUUCUAUAAAGUAAAUAUGAAAAAAUAUUUAGAAAAAAAUUUUUUUUUUUUUACUGCAAAGACUUUAGUAAAGACUGAAAACUAACUGCCAGUAUCAGGUAUACUUUAGCACCAAAUGAACUUAUUACUCAUCAUGAUUAAAAAUAAAAACUGCAAGUUGUUUAGGUUUACAAAUAUAAAUGGGCUAAAAUGACAUACAAAAAAACAGGGAAUAAGAUUUAACAUUUUGUAUAUAUUUUUAAAGUAAACACACAUUGUAGUGUCUUAAUAAGUUAGGGUUUUACUACAAGAUUUUAUGCUUAAUGUAAUUUCACUGAAGCUAAUAAACUGAUAUUUGUGAGA